CCCCCCCCCCGUCCCACCACUAGUCACGAGGACCCUGAGGCGGUCUCUGUGAGAUAAACUAUACCUUCUGCCGCACCUAGCCCACCACGAAUCACAUCACCGUGCGCAACCACGGGCACAAGACUCCUUGCGCAGGUUCCUGCCCGAGCUUGGCUUGAUACCAGUCUCUGAAAAGAGGCGCAGAGGCCCUCCGCCGGCUCUCUUUCCGCAACGACAUCCAACGAUAUCCGAUACGAACACUGGCCGAGAUGAGCGCACAUUCGCCGGUCUUCACGGCCGGGAUCCGUGACGACAAGUCUGGAGGCGAUGCAGGGUCUGCAGAAGAUGAGGCGCCUGCUUUGUCCCCGAGCUCCUCCCCUUCAGACGAAGCUGUUUCUACCUCGACGACCCCGCGACUCGAUCCGAUCACCCCAAGCAGCCCACGUCUGUCUAGGAAUGGGUCGUUCUCGGGCAGCAGCUCUUAUCACGAAGAUUGGGACUCGUUUCCGCCUCUGGACCGUCUUACGGUGCUAGACCUUCUCGACAACUUCGCCCUUCCGCAACAGCUCGAAAGGCUCCAGAGAGGUCUCUCUGCGCAGACUGAGAAAGUUCGCAAGUCGAGAGCAGCGUUCCAAAUAAAGAGCCAGGAGGCCAAAGGCCGAAUGGUGGAGGAGUGGCGCCGGCGUGUGCCAUCGGCAGAGGAACAACUCGAGAAGUAUCGCACGCGCAUGAAGAAGAGUGUCGACAAGCUGGGCAAGCGCUGGGGCGACACCAAAACCGUUACGUUGCGCGAAAAGGUCUCCUUUAUUUGCGGUGUCAUGAACGUCUUCAUCAGCGGUUACCUCAUCGGCGCGCAUUCUGACUGGUUCCACGUUUGGUACACGACACAACUCAUCUACUUCAUGCCAAUCCGCUACUACACCUAUCACAGCCGCGGUUACCACUAUUUCCUGGCCGAUCUUUGCUACUUCGUCAACGUGCUGCUCUUUCUCAGCAUUUGGGUCUUCCCGUCUUCCAAGCGGUUGUUCCUGGCUUCAUACUGCCUGGCGCACGGGAACAAUGCCGUAGCUAUCAUCAUGUGGCGCAACUCGCUGGUGUUCCACGACUUCGACAAGGUCACCUCCUUGUUCAUACACAUCAUGCCGUGUGCUACGCUGCACUGCAUAACUCACCUCUACCCGCUAGCAGAGCAAGCGGCGCGAUUUCCGGCUCUGUUCCAGAUCAAGACAGCCUCGCCCGGCUCGUCAGCUGCAUAUGGCAAUCUUGUUUCGAUGCUUGCAUGGUCCACGAUACCCUAUGCAGUCUGGCAGCUGAGCUACUACUACUUUAUCACUGUCCGUCGGCGCGAGAAAAUCGCAGCUGGGCGUCCGACUUCGUUCACGUGGCUGCGCCGGUCGUACUCGAAGACGUGGAUUGGCAAACUUGUGCUUUCCCUGCCCGAGGCAUUGCAGGAAGCUGCUUUCAUGCUCAUCCAGUACGCGUACGCGGUGCUCACCAUGCUACCGUGCCCGCUAUGGUUCUACAGCCGCUGGAUGUCUGGUGUCUUCCUCAUGGUCGUCUUUACGUGGAGUAUCUACAACGGAUCCACCUUCUAUAUUGACGUGUUUGGGAAGCGAUUUCAGAAGGAGCUCGAGAGCCUCAAGGCCGAGGUGGCCCAGUGGCAGAAUAACCCUGAGCACAUGCUCUCUUCGCCGGUUAUCACGCCACAACUCGACGCGGACGGGGCGAAGCAGAUUGGUGCCAUGGGUGAGGUCAAGCUGGGCGAUCCCGCAGGAAGCCUCGGCGGACGUGAUCCUGCCCCAAUCGAUGAACGCACCAUCGAGGAGCAUGCGUUCAACUCAGGCGUCACGGCUACCGGCAUUGAUGGCGGCGCCAUGGAUGUCGCUAGGGAGAGGAAGUAAGAGGAUUUUGCACGUGGCUUGUCGUCACUAUUACACGAAGUCGGUCUACCACCCUAAGCAUUGGUCUCCGCAGGGUGAUUGUCAAAGAUACAUGAGAUGGCCGAGCCCGACCGACUGGCUUUUAUCGCAGAAUAUUCUGGCGCGAUUGAGGCUUGUGCUUCUGUCCUGAAAUUGCGAAUACCGGGAUGGGU